AUGGAAGAACACGGGGUGACGCAAACAGAGCACAUGGCCACCAUCGAGGCCCACGCAGUGGCCCAGCAGGUGCAGCAGGUCCAUGUGGCCACCUACACAGAGCACAGCAUGCUGAGUGCAGAUGAAGACUCGCCGUCUUCGCCGGAGGACACCUCCUAUGAUGACUCUGACAUCCUCAACUCCACGGCUGCCGACGAGGUCACUGCCCAUCUGGCUGCAGCAGGCCCUGUGGGGAUGGCAGCAGCUGCUGCUGUGGCAACGGGUAAAAAACGAAAGCGACCACACGUUUUUGAAUCCAACCCGUCAAUCCGCAAGAGGCAGCAGACGCGUUUGCUACGGAAGCUGCGAGCCACACUGGAUGAGUACACCACCAGAGUGGGGCAGCAGGCCAUUGUGCUCUGCAUCUCACCCUCCAAACCCAAUCCUGUCUUUAAAGUAUUUGGUGCUGCACCCUUGGAGAAUGUGGUACGCAAGUACAAGAGCAUGAUUCUGGAAGACCUGGAGUCUGCACUAGCAGAGCAUGCUCCUGCGCCUCAGGAGGUUAACUCAGAGUUGCCGCCCCUCACCAUCGAUGGCAUUCCGGUCUCGGUGGACAAGAUGACCCAGGCACAGCUGCGAGCUUUCAUCCCUGAGAUGCUGAAGUAUUCCACGGGUCGCGGAAAACCAGGCUGGGGCAAGGAAAGCUGCAAGCCCAUCUGGUGGCCUGAGGACAUUCCAUGGGCCAAUGUUCGCAGCGAUGUCCGCACAGAGGAACAGAAGCAGCGGGUGUCAUGGACCCAAGCAUUGCGGACUAUCGUGAAGAACUGCUACAAGCAGCACGGGCGUGAAGACUUGCUGUAUGCAUUCGAGGAUCAGCAGACACAGCAGCAGACUACGACCACACAUAGUAUAGCGCACCUGGUGCCAUCACAGACAGUGGUACAAACCUUCAGUAACCCUGAUGGCACCGUGUCCCUCAUCCAGGUCGGCACUGGUGCUACAGUUGCCACGCUGGCCGAUGCCUCAGAGUUGCCUACCACAGUUACCGUCGCGCAAGUCAAUUACUCUGCAGUGGCUGAUGGAGAGGUGGAGCAGAACUGGGCAACGCUACAGGGGGGUGAGAUGACUAUCCAGACGACGCAGGCAUCAGAGGCCACGCAGGCGGUGGCAUCAUUAGCAGAAGCAGCAGUGGCAGCAUCUCAGGAGAUGCAACAAGGGGCAACUGUUACCAUGGCACUCAACAGUGAAGCAGCUGCCCAUGCAGUAGCCACGCUUGCUGAAGCCACUCUUCAAGGUGGAGGACAAAUUGUCCUAUCUGGUGAAACUGCAGCAGCAGUAGGAGCACUGACUGGAGUCCAAGAUGCCAAUGGUCUCGUCCAGAUCCCCGUCAGCAUGUACCAGACCGUGGUGACCAGCCUGGCCCAAGGCAACGGCCCCGUUCAGGUGGCGAUGGCACCCGUUACCACGAGGAUAGCAGACAGUGCCGUCACCAUGGACGGGCAGGCAGUGGAAGUGGUGACCUUGGAACAGUGA